CUAAAUUUCAAUCUAGAUUUCGGGUUAGCCCAAAUCAUGCCCACCAGGAAAAAAAAAAAAAGAAGCAAAACGCAGCGUUUUAACCAUAAUCGAGCCUUUCAGUUGUUUGACGAUCGCAAGGAAGAAGCCCCCAUUUCAUUUGCAUCACCAAUGGCGGCCAUCUUAGCUCGCAAAUCUCUAUCUGCUUUACGUUCUCGUCAGUUUGAAAUACAGGUUUUGGCAGGACAGGCAUUGCAAGGGACUAAUGGCCACAGUGGAACUCUGCUUGGUACCCGAUCAUUUGCUACCAAGCAUUCGUUUUCUACUGACAAAGAUGAUGAAGAAAGAGAGCAGCUUGCAAAGGAGCUAUCAAAAGAUUGGAAUUCAGUUUUUGAGCGAAGCUUCAAUACACUAUUUUUGACUGAAAUGGUUCGAGGUCUAAUGUUGACGCUCAAGUACUUCUUUGAGAAGAAAGUAACGAUUAACUAUCCAUUUGAGAAGGGCCCUUUAAGUCCUCGUUUUCGUGGAGAACAUGCUCUUCGACGUUAUCCAACUGGAGAAGAAAGAUGCAUUGCGUGUAAACUUUGUGAAGCUAUUUGUCCUGCCCAAGCUAUCACUAUCGAGGCUGAGGAGCGAGAGGAUGGGAGUCGUCGUACAACUAGGUAUGAUAUUGACAUGACAAAAUGCAUUUACUGUGGAUUCUGCCAAGAAGCCUGCCCUGUAGAUGCAAUUGUUGAAGGGCCCAACUUUGAAUUUGCAACGGAAACUCAUGAGGAACUUCUUUACGACAAGGAGAAGCUUCUUGAGAAUGGUGACCGAUGGGAAACUGAGAUUGCAGAGAAUCUAAAAUCUGAAAGCCUCUACCGCUGAGUGUUUUUGGUUAAUUUUUUGAGUUGAGAUACAAUGAAACUUUCUAGCUUCUGAGGAAUUAAUAAAAUAAAGGGAUCUACUGAAGGAUGUUGUUUCUGUUGCCUUCCCAUUUUUGAGAUGGCUCUAUUUAGUACACACACUUUGAUUGGUGAAAAUAUAGAGCAUCGUAUUGUAUUAGAUGACAUUUUGUGAACGUAAUGUUCUCGUUCAUUCAGGUUGCUUCAUCAUUAAAAUUAAACAUGGUGUCUCCUUUAGUCUCAA